GCUGCACUGCACAACAGAAGAAGAACAGAGGAAGCAGCUUACCUUCACAGCUAUGAAUGCUACAGUCAGUAUGGAUGAAGUCAAGCCUGACUGUCCAGGCUCAGGUGGAUGUGGAGCUCAGGAGGUCAGGGGACAGACAGACAUCUCCCCAGACAUUCGUGACCAGAUCCUCCAGCUGUUUUGCACCAGACUCAGUGACAACUCCGUCAUGGUGAUGCAGAAGGAGCUGCAGCUCAUGCACAGGGGCUCGUAUUACCUGGAGAUCCAGCGUGAGGACUUGUUGCCGAGCGCAGACCAGCAGCAGCAGCAGCACACAUUACAUCUGUCUGACAGCACUGUGUGGUCUUUGAUAGACCAGCAGAGGCUGCAGGGCGCCAUGACGAUGGCCAAAACCCAGGUGAAGCUCCUCCUCACGUUCCUGGAAAUGCUUCACCAAGAGAUCAUGAGAGGCGGCAGGGAGCUGGAGGACUUCAUUGUUAAGUACAACCAGGGUUUGGUGGAUGCUACCACAGCAGCCUCCAUGCAGCAGAAGCUCCAGCAGACCCACCAGGACCUCGGGGACUUUGAAAGAAGGAUGACCCAGACUCUGGGCCCACUGAACCUUCACAACCAGCUUAUCCCCAACACAGGAAACUUUCCCGUCCCACAGCUCAGCGUAACAGUAGCCAUGAAAAUGCCGGUGAUAUUUGACAGGUUCAGGACGCGUGUGACGUCCACCUCUGUGUACCUGUAUUGGGAGGUCACAGGUGAACAGCCUAAGGAGCCAAACCAACAGUUUGAGAUCCAUGUGAAGAGCAUUCAUCCAACCAUCAACGACCACGGGCAGUUCUCCAAAUGCAUGAGUCGGUCGUACAACAUACAGGUGAACGACCUGAUCUCUGACAGGUACUAUCAGUUCUCUGUCAAGAGAGUAGAUGCCAUCAACUUGGUCUAUGGAAUGUGGAUUGACACCAUCACACUGAAGACCUUGGACGUUUCUAAAUGAGAGCCACACGAGAGAGAGAGAGAGAGGGAGAGACAAAGAGAGAGAGAGAGAGAGAGAGAGAGAGAGAGAGAGAGACCACAGCCUGUUUACACAGAGAACAAUA